GCGGGAACCUGUGGGGGCCGGGGCUACAGGCCGCGGGGAACCGCGGGCGCCAGGGGCGCACCCAGCCCUCUGUCCCGGCCGGUAAAUCUGGGGCAGCGCGCCGUAGGAGCUGCGGGCAGCCAGGCCCCUUCCUGCGUCCGCACCUGGCCCCGCGCGCCCCUCUCGGGCGUCCGGCCUCCGGCGUCCUGGCGGUUCGGGUGGCGGCGGUUCGGGCGGUCGCCUGGCUGCUCCUCGGGGCGGCGACCGGGCUCACGCGCGGGUCCCCCGCGGUCCUCGGCGCCGCGCGCUCUGACGCGGGCACAAGGGCCAUGUGUUCUGAAAUUAUUUUGAGGCAAGAAGUUUUGAAAGAUGGUUUCCACAGAGACCUUUUAAUCAAAGUGAAGUUUGGAGAAAGCAUUGAGGACUUACAGACCUGCCGACUCUUAAUUAAACAGGACAUUCCUGCAGGACUUUUUGUGGAUCCAUAUGAGUUGGCUUCAUUACGAGAGAGAAACAUAACAGAGGCAGUGAUGGUUUCAGAAAAUUUUGAUAUAGAGGCCCCUAACUAUUUGUCCAAGGAAUCUGAAGUUCUCAUUUAUGCCAGACAAGAUUCACAGUGCGUUGACUGUUUUCAAGCCUUUUUGCCUGUGCACUACCGCUAUCAUCGGCCACACAGUCACGAUGGAGAAACCUCGAUUGUGGUCAAUCACCCAGAUUUGUUGAUGUUUUGUGACCAAGAGUUCCCAAUUUUGAAAUGCUGGGCUCACUCAAAAGUGGCGGCUCCUUGUGCUUUGGAGAAUGAGGAUAUCUGCCAGUGGAACAAGAUGAAGUAUAAAUCAGUAUAUAAGAAUGUGACUCUACAGGUUCCAGUGGGACUGACUAUACAUACCUCUUUAGUAUGUUCUGUGACUCUGUUCGUUACAAUCCUGUGCUCUACGUUGAUCCUAGUAGCAGUUUUCAAAUAUGGCUAUUUUUCCCUAUAAGUUUUAUGUAGUUAAAUGCUUCCUAGAAACCUAAAUAAGACCUAUUAAUUUCUGACGAGAAGUGUUCUUCUAGAAUUUAGUUAAUUACUUUUAUCUUUUGUCUUCAUUUGUGGCCAAAAUUAUGUUUACUAGAGGAAAUUUGGGAUAAUUCUCAACUAAUUCCAAAAUUUAGUGCUCUAUUGCAUAGAUCCUUGGUAAUCCUCAAGCAUCAAAGGCCAUAAGAGGAAACUUAAUUCUGCUAAAUUAAUGUUUAUUUUGUGAGAAGUGACUUUAUCUUCAUUUGAGAGAGAAAAAUUAUUUCUUUUUUUUGAGAUGGAGUCUCGGUCUGUCGCCCAGGCUGGAAUGCAGUGGCGCAAUCUCGGCUCACUGCAAGCUCCGCCUCUUGGGUUCACGCCAUUCUCCUGCCUCAGCCUCCCGAGUAGCUGGGAUUACAGGCGCUGCCACCACGCCCGACUGAUUUUUUUGUAUUUUUAGUAGAGAUGGGGUUUCACCGUGUUAGCCAGGAUGGUCUUGAUCUCCUGACCUGGUGAUCUGCCCGUCUCGGCCUCCCAAAGUGCUGGGAUUAUAGGUGUGAGCCACUGCGCCCUGCUGAAAAAUUACUUCUUUAUGUAGUAGAGACAAAUUAUUGUCAUUCUGCGAAUACUUUCAAUUUAAGCUACAAAUUGAGAAAACCAUUAUAAAUAAGAAUAAAAUAGGCCAGGCGCAGUGGCUCACACAUGUAAUCCCAGCACUUUGGGAGGCCCAGGUGGGCGGAUCACCAGAGGUCAGGAGUUUGAGACCAGCUUGGUGAAACCCUGUCUCUACUAAAAAUACAAAAAUUAGCUAAGGGUGGUUGUGGGCGUCUGUAGUCCCACCUAAUUGGGAGGGUGAGGCGGGAGGAUCUCUUGAACCUGGGAGGCGGAGGUUCCAGAACUGGGAGGGUGAGGCGGGAGGAUCCAGAACUGGGAGGGUGAGGCGGGAGGAUCGCUUGAACCUGGGAGGCGGAGGUUCCAGAGAGCCAAGAUCGCACCACCGCACUCCAGCCUGGGUGACAGAAUGAGACCCUGUCUCCAAAGGAAAAAAAAAAAAGAAUAAAAUAAUUUGGAUGAAAAUCAUGUUUAUUUAAAUAUUAAUGUUAUGAGACUAUUAAAGACAUUUGCCAGAGUUUCAAUGAAAAUCAUUAAAGUAGGACAGCUAAGAAAUUAAUAUUAAUAUCAAAAUUAUUGGUAAUCUUAAAUUAUUGAUUAUUCCUUAACGUACUCCAUUCUCCUUUUACAUUUUAUAAUGUUUCUUUUGGAUAUAUGAUUUAGCAAAGGACUUGAUGAAACUGAAUACUAAGAUUUAGUACAGUGUCAGGAAGACAACUCAGAUUGCCAUUUUGAAUAAAGUUGUACAUGAACAAUAAUUGGAAUCAUCAGGUAAUUUUUUUAAACAAAGUUUCUUCAUUUACUGUUAUGUUUGGAAAAAAAUUAGAAAAUAAAGUAAGUGCCAUAGGCUAAUUAAAAAAUAAAACCUUAGGGCAAGUGUGUUCCAAAACAGAAGCCAUCAAACCAGGGUGUGUUGGCAUUAUUUGUUUUAUAUAGAGUAUUGAGAUGUGAUAAACCUUUAUAUAUGCCAUCACUGCUCCAUUUCCUAAAAUAUUUUGGUGUUUUCAUGGGACUACAUCUUGUAGAAUUUGACAUGUAUGACUUGUCUAGCCAUAACCGUUCUUUUUAAAUGUGUAUUUGAGACUUAAAUAUUGGAAAAGGCAACCCAGUGCCAUAAAGCAGAAACAGUGACCUUUCAAAUGACUAAAAUUUCAACCCAGUUGAGUUUCAGACCGAUUUCGUGCUUUCUCAUAAGAAAGAAUUUCAUGUUUUAGAAAUAUUUCUUUCACUAUGGCAUUAAUAAUGUGACACUGAAAUGGAAUUAUAUGUCAGUUACAAUUCAGUAACAUUGACAGGCAACGUUUUGGAAUACGGUUAGACAGGGAGGGAACAUGGUAUUGUUUCACAUCGAGAGUGAGUAUGUGGGGGUAUGAGUGAGUAUGUGGGGGUAUGUGUAUACAGAAUGUUUUGUUUUUGCUCAUCACAACCAGGUUUCAUCAGUAUUUAAAAUAUUUAAGAUUGUGGCUUGGAAUGUGGUUCAGCCAUUUACUCACUUACGCAAAUAUUCAGAAGUGUAAUAAAAAUGUGAAUGAAGAAAACUUU